GCCCACUUUCAAUGGACGAACAGCGUAUCCAAACAGCUCAUACUUGCUGUCUGUACUUCUCCACUUCUUCUCGCUCCUCUUACAACUGCCAGCAAGUUUGGAAAUAAUGUCCGACCCAGGCGAGGGCGAAGACGAAGUCCAAUUUCUACGAACUGGUGAUGAAGUGGUCCUGCAGAGCGUCUUCACCUCUCAGGAGGAGCAUGUGAAAGUCUGCCUGGCUGCCGAGGGCUUUGGCAGCAGGCUGUGUCGGCUGGAGGCCACCUCCAACUGUAAGAAUGUUCCACCAGACUUGUCUGUAUGUGGCUUCAUCCUGGUGCAGUGCCUGUCUGUCCGAGCUCUGCAGGAGAUGCUGGCACACAGCGAAAGCCUGGCUGCAGAGGCAGCCGGGGGCAACCAUCGCACCCUUCUGUACGGCCAGGCUUUACUUUUCCAGCAUUCGUAUAGCGGCAUGUAUCUCAGCUGCUUGUCUGCGUCGCAGUCCUCCGCCGACAAGCUAGCUUUCGAUGUGGGCCUGCAGGAGGAUAAAGCGGGCGAGGCCUGUUGGUGGACUGUGCAUCCCGCUUCCCGACAGAGGUCAGAGGGAGAGAAGGUGCGCGCUGGUGACGACCUCAUCCUGGUCAAUGUGUCCUCAGAGAGAUAUCUGCACUUGUCCUUUGGCACGUCCUGUGACAACAGAGGCUUGGGUGACAGUCUGAUUGCGGAUGCAGCCUUCCGGCACUCACUGUGGAGCGUUGCCCCCGUCUGCUCCGCAAGUGGACUUGCGCAAGGCUACCUGAAGGGCGGCGACACACUCAGGCUUCUCCACAGCCACACCGACGCAUGUCUGACUAUUCCGACAAGAGAACAAAAUGAAGAGCUGCAAAGGGUAAUGCAGUAUGAGAUUGGAUCCGUGUGCAGACAGGCCCGCUCUCUCUGGAGGCUGGAGAUCUUGCGUGUGGCGUGGAGUGGCAGACAUACAAGCUGGGGGGAGCCCUUCCGACUGUGUCAUGUGACAACUGGACGCUAUCUGGGCCUGACGGACGAACGAGGCCUCCACUUGGUGGAUCGGGACAAGGCAGACAUUAUUGCGACCUCCUUUUGCUUCCGUUCUGCUAAGGAAAAGCUGGACUGUGGACCAAAGACUCGUGCGGAUGGCAUGGGAUCCCCGGAGAUCAAAUACGGAGACUCGGUCUGUUACCUUCAGCAUGUCGACUCUGGCCUGUGGCUCACCUACCAAGCGACUGAUAGCAAGUCUGCAUGCAUGGGAGGAGCUCAGCGAAAGGCUAUCUUGCACAGUGAAGGUCACAUGGAUGACGGCUUGACGUUGUCUCGGUCUCAGAGGGAAGAAUCUCACACUGCCAGCCUCAUACGGAGCGCAACGCUCCUCUUCACGACUUUCGUCAGAAAACUUGAUUCUUGUAUUGGGCAAGGAAACCUCCAUUCCAUGGUUUUACCAGUGGCCGAUGUGACACGCAGCCUCCAAGACCUAAUACGCUUCUUCCAGCCGCCACCGGAGGAGCAGAGCCACGAAGCUCCACAAAACAGCCGAACCGCCUUAACGAAUCGGCAGAACAUGUUUCAAGAAGAGGGAGUGAUUGAGUUGGUAGUGGAGUGCAUUGACCAUCUACACCAGUAUAGUCACGCUUCACUUCUUCCUGAGGCUCCACCAAACGAUGCUGGAGAAAACUGGGAGGUCAUCCUGGGGCAUUUAUACGAGCUUCUGGCCUCGCUUAUUAGGAGAAACCGCGCAAACUGUGCGCAUUUCUCUGGUUCGCUCGAUUGGCUCAUUAGCAGACUGGACCGACUGGAGGCCUCUUCUGGAGUUUUGGAGGUUCUGCACUGCGUUUUGGUGGAAAGCCCUCAAGCACUCAAUGCUAUCAAAGAGGGACACAUCCAAUCUAUCAUCGCUUUUCUGGACAAGCACGGGCGCAACCACAAGGUGCUGGAGGUGCUUUGUUCUUUGUGCGUGUGCCACGGCGUUGCGGUGCGCGCCAAUCAGAACCUCAUCUGUGAAAAUCUGCUGCCCGAAAGAGACUUGCUGCUGCAAACUCGUCUAGUUAAUCAGGUCACAAGUGUGAGGCCCAACGUCUUCCUAUCUCUGGGGGAAGAUUCGGCGCAGCCCCGUCGGUGGUACUACGAGCUGGUCGUGGAUCACAUCGAUCCCUUCCUCACGGCGGAACCCACGCACCUGCGAGUCGGCUGGGCUCUCACCGACGGCUAUCAGCCCAGGCCCACCGGAGGGGACGGCUGGGGGGGCAAUGGCGUGGGAGAUGACCUCUGCUCCUUUGGCUUUGACGGGCUUCACUUAUGGUCAGGUUGCGUGGGCCGCAGAGUGCGCUCUCCCUUCUCUCACCUGUUGACCGGCGAAGACGUGGUCAGCUGCUGCCUGGACCUAAGCGCUCCCUGCAUCUCAUUUCGGGUCAACGGUCUUCCUGUGCAGGGCAUGCUAGAGAACUUCUGCGUCGAUGGACUUCUUCAUCCCGUUGUCAGCUUCUCACCUGGCGUCAAGGUUCGGUUUUUGUUUGGAGGGGAACAAGGAGAGUUUAGAUUCCUUCCCCCGCACGGUUUUGUGCCCUGUUCUGAGGCUCUCCUCCCGAAUGUUAAGCUGGAGGUAGAACCGUGCCAUAAGUACCUCGUGGAUCAUGAAGAUGGGAAACGGGAGCUUAUUGGCCCGUUUGAGCCCAGCGGUCCACUUACUUUCACUCCCUCAGCAGUAGACAUCAGCAAGGUGGAAUUACCUCUGCAAUUUGAGGAUAUCCGAGAUAAAAUCGCUGAGAACAUCCAUGAACUCUGGGUAAUGGAAAGGGUUGGUCUUGGAUGGUCUCAAGGAAAUGAGCAAGACGAAGAGAAGCUACUGGAUCCCCGUUUGGUGGAGUUCUCCAAGCUGCCCGAUCGGGAGAGGAACCAGAACGUCCAAACGGCACAGGACAUAUUAAGGACUCUUCUUGCUUUCGGUUUCCGCAUUGACUUAAAAGAUGAACUUACAGAGGAGGGCAUCCACUUCAUGAGACUCUCCGACAGGUAUGAGCAGCCAGGUGGUUACAGACCGGCUCCGAUAGAUAUGAGCCAUGUUUUUCUCAGCGCCGCCCAUGAGGAAGCGGUCAACUUGUUGGCGGAGAAUGAGCACAACGUUUGGGCCAGAGAGCGUAUCAAGCAGGGAUGGACUUACGGCGCUCAACAGGAUGGGAAAUCAAAGCGGAGUCCAGAACUUGUGCCCUACAGCCUGCUUGAUGAGAGGAGUAGAAAGAUGGGACAAAAGCGAGUCAAGGAGGCAGUUUGCACCCUGCUGGCUUACGGUUACAGCUUGGAAACCUUCCACCAAGAAAAUAUCGUGUUAUCAAACGGCUGCUUCUUCUCCAGUGAAAAGUGCAGAGUGUUCCGAGCAGAUAAAUCUUUCGCUGUGACUCGGGGGAAGUGGUACUUUGAAUGCGAACUCGUCACUGCCGGGAAAAUGAGAGUUGGCUGGGCCAGGCCUGGUUGCACCCCUGAGAAAGAGCUGGGCUCAGACGGCCAGGCGUUUGUGUUUGAUGGAUUUGAGGCUCGGUGGUACCAUCAGGGUGGGGAACCUCUGGGACGUUCCUGGCAGCAGGGGGAUGUGGUGGGUUGCUUGCUGGACAUGACUGAAAGCACCAUGAUGCUCACGCUCAAUGGAGAGUUGCUGUUUAAUGAUCAGGGAUCGGAGCUGGCUGCGAAGAACUUUGACAUCGGAGAUGGCCUGCUCCCCGUGGUCAGUGUGGGCGUGAACCAGGUGGUGAGGCUGAACCUCGGCCGCCGCGAGGGCUCCCUGCAGUACUUGAGUGCGUGCGGUCUACAGGAGGGUUAUGAGCCUUUUGCUCUUAAUAUGGCUCGAGAUCCUUCCCUUUGGAUGAGUUGGAAACAGGCUCAGUUUAAAUCCGUACUGUGCGACGAUCCCAUCUCUCAGGUCAGUAGAGUCAUUGGAUCAAAUGAUUCCUUAUCAAGCCUGAGGGUCGCACGACGGUUGUCGGUACGCCACGGGGGAAGCAGCGAAAUGGGCUUUUACCGUCUCAGCAUGUCCAUCCAGUGCGCCGCUGCCCUCAGCAGCCCAGUGGGGGGCGCGCUGCCCGUAGCGUCCAGCUCUUUUUCUCCAGGAAGGAAAGAGCAGGAGGAGAUGGACUCUGACUUUGAAGUCCUGAUGAAGUCAGCCCGCGGCUUCACUAGCUCAAAAGAUGAGCUUGAGUACAAGGAUCACGGUCAAGACAAAACGUCACGACUGAAGCAACGGUUUAUGCUGAAGCGAACCAAACCAGACCUGGUCAGCAGCAACUCCUCCGCUCGGCUCCUCGAGGACGUCCUAGCUGACAAAGAUAAUGCUGAUCACCUCACUCAGACCACCCGAUAUUACUACUCGGUGAGAAUUCUUCCAAACCAGGACCCUUUCAAUGUGUGGGUGGGCUGGGUCACCCCUGAUUUCCAUCAAAAUGAGAUGCCCUUUGAGAGUGACGAUAACCUCACAGUGACGGUCACCCUCGGAGACGAUAGCGGCAAAGUCCAAGAGAGCGUGAAGAGGAGUAACUGUUACAUGGUCUGCGCCGGAGAGGCGACAGGUUUGUCUCGGAGCCGAAGGAGUGCCGGCUUGGAAAUUGGUUGCUUGAUUGACACAGCCGCUGGGCUGCUAACGUUUACCUCCAGUGGUGUGGAGAUGUCCACCUUCUAUCAAGUGGAGGCCAACACAAAGCUGUAUCCCGCUGUUUUCGUCAAGCCCACCACCAGCAACAUGUUUCAAUUUGAACUGGGACGCAUUAAGAACGCAAUGCCGCUGUCAGCUGGCUUGAUUCGCAGCCUGAGAUCGACUUCGGCACCUCAAUGCCCGCCCAGGUUUCAAGUACAGCAUCUGUGCCCGGUCUCGUGGACACGAGUGCCUGACAGAUCUCUGAAGGUGAUGGUGGACCGUCCUGAUGAGCGUCACGGCUGGAGAGUCCAUUGCCUUGAGCCGCGUCAAGUCAUGGCCCUCCAAAUCCCUGACGAAAGCAGGUGCAUCGAUAUUUUAGAGCUGUCCGAGCUGGAUGACAUCUUGACCUUUGAGUACCACACCCUCCUCCUUUACUGUGCUUUAUGUGCCCUGGGCAACGCAAGAGUGUGCCACGCCAUCUGCAGCCACGUUGAUCAGUCCCAGUUCCUUCACGCCAUUCAGAAUCACCACUUGCCUGGCCCACUCCGCUCUGCCUUUUAUCAGCUUCUCAUUCAGGUUCACCUCAGCAGCAAUGCCGCAGCACGUCUCAUGAUGAACCAUGAAUACAUCGUCCCUUUGUCAGACCAAACCAGAGACAUCACCCUUUAUCCAAUAAAUGGCGACAAUGGGAGAAAAUGUCCACUUCCUCUAUGCAUCCCGAGUAUGAGCCGGAGCACUUCCCUGAAACCACAAAUGCGGUUCUCCGGGCCUUGUUUCGUCAACACUGAUGUGAUGGGACGGGAAGUAACUAGCGGUGACAGUCCUGAAAUCCCUCUGGAUAUCCUGAAGAGCCUGACCGUGGAGAUGCUUACUGCAGCCGUGUGGGCUGUGCAUCGGGGUGUCAGGGACCCUGUAGGUGGCAGUAUGGAGCUUCUGCUGGUUCCCCUUCUUAAGUUGUUCCACACUCUUUUGGUGGUGGGGGUACUGACUGAUGAGGAUCUGGCUAAAAUUCUCAAACUAAUAGAACCUGGAGUCUUCUCUACAGAGGUGGAAAUGGAGGAGGAGGAGAAAGAAAAUGGACGAGAGAUGGGAGAUCACUUAAAUGAACCCAAACAAGGACUGCUGCAAAUGAAACUUCCGGAACCGGUCAAACUUGAGCUGUGCAACGUGCUGACCUACCUGUGCGACAUGCAGGCGCGCCACAGGGUCGAAGCGGUGGUCGCCUUCUCGGAAAAAUUUGUUGGUCAACUGCAGGAGAACCAGCACUUCCGCUACAAGCAAGUCAUGCAGGCGCUCAACAUGUCCGCCGCCCUCACAGCCCGCAAGACCAAAGAGUUCCGCUCACCUCCGCAAGAGCAGAUCAAUGUGCUUCUGAGCUUCAGAGAUGGCGACCGGCAGGAGAACAGUCCGUGUCCAGCGGAAACCCAACAGCUCCUGAAAGACUUUCACCAGCUGCUCGCUGCCCACUGCGGCAUUGAAUUGGACGCUGCCUCGGAAGAGGGCGAUCCCGGUGAGAUGUUGGUAAAGGAUCAACUUUUGAGCCUAGGAGCGAGAGUUCUCGGACUAAAGUGGACAACCACACAACGGGAGGAUAAUGGACCACUGAGUCCCAAGUCCCUCAAGUUGUUGAUCUCAGAAACAAUGCUCCGCUGGACACAAGAGACCGAGAUGGAGGAUCCCAGCCUGGUCAGUGCCAUAUUCUCGUUGCUGCACCGCCAGUAUCAGGGCCUCGGUGGCCAAAUGGCCUCCCCUCUUUCCAAAACCUACACAAUUAGCCAAGCUUCCGUGGAGGACACCAUGACACUGCUGUCCUCUCUGGGCCAAAUCCGCUCCUUACUUAGCGUUCGUAUGGGGAAUGAAGAGGAAAAACUGAUGAUCAGAAGACUAGGGGACAUCAUGAACAAUAAGGUUUUCUACCAGCACCCCAACUUAAUGAGGACAUUGGGCAUGCAUGAGACAGUCAUGGAGGUGAUGGUAAAUGUUCUUGGGGAGAGAGAAUCCAAGGAGAUUUCCUUUCCGAAGAUGGUGGCCAGCUGCUGUCGAUUCCUUUGUUAUUUUUGCCGCAUAAGCCGACUCAAUCAGAGAGCCCUUUUUGACCACCUCUGCUACCUACUAGAAAACAGCAGCUUUGGACUCGCUUCACCUUCAAUGCGCGGGGCCACUCCUCUGGAUGUGGCAGCAGCCUCAGUCAUGGACAAUAACGAGCUGGCCCUCGCUUUGAGGGAGCCUCAACUGGAGAAGGUGGUGCACUACCUAGCCGGCUGUAGUCUGAAAAGCUGCUCACUGCUCGUGGCCCAAGGCUACCCCGAUAUUGGAUGGAACCCCGUGGAGGGCGAGCGCUACCUGGAUUUUCUACGUUUUGCUGUAUUCUGCAAUGGUGAAAGUGUCGAGGAGAACGCUUACUUGGUGUUGAGGUUGCUGAUUCGUCGGCCUGAGUGUUUUGGUCCUGCCCUGCGAGGUGACGGUGGACAUGGUCUCCUAGCGGCCAUGAAAGAGGCCAUAAACAUAUCAGAGGACUCCUCUAUCGAUGGACCUUGCAUGGCCUACCAAUCCAACGCAACCAUAAAUACUGUCCAGGUUGGCGAGAAUGACCUUAUCCAUAUGGGGCAUGCCAUCAUGACCUUUUACUCGGCCCUUAUCGACCUGCUAGGGCGCUGCGCUCCGGAGAUGCAAUUGAUUCAAAGAGGCAAAGGAGAAGCCGUCCGCAUGCGGGCCAUUCUGAGGUCACUGGUACCCAUUCAAGAUCUCCAGGGAGUCAUUAGCAUCUCGUUUCAAGCCCCAUCGCUGUCAAAAGAUGGUUCCGUGGUUGAGCCCAACUUAUCAACAGUGUUUUGCCCAGACCACAAGGCCGCGAUGGUUCUGUUUGUGGACCGAGUCUAUGGCGUAGACGAGCAGAGUUUUCUCCUGACCCUCCUUCAAAAUGGAUUUCUGUCCGACCUUCAGAUGGCCAUCUCUCUCGACACGGAUGACUUUGGAUCCACCGACAUGGCCUUGGCCCUCAACAGAUAUUUGUGCUCGGCUGUGCUUCCGCUGCUCACCAAGCGUUCCGCCCUCCUCCGCGGUUUGGAGGACCACGCCGCCCUUCUGGAUUCUCUCAUCCAGGCCAUCUACAGCCUCUCCAGGGCUUCAAGCUUAACAAAAGCCCAGAGGGACACAACUGAGGAUUGUUUGUUGGCUGUGUGCAGUAAACUCCAGCCGGCAGUGAUGCAGCCUCUUCUGCAGCGUCUUGUCUUUGAUGUUCCCACUCUCACAGAGCAGAGCAAGAUCCCAAUUAAGCUUUUGACCAGUCAUUUCGAGCAGAGAUGGAAGUACUACUCUUUAACUGGUAGGCAGGGAAACCACAGCCUGGCCUCUGAAGAGGAGCUGCACUUAUCUCUGAAGCUAUUCUGGGGCGUGUUUAAGGCUUUGGCGAAGAAGCAAUAUGAACCUGACUUAUUCAAACUCUGUGUCCAAUGCCUCGGCGCCAUGGCUGAGGCCUUGCCCCCUGACCAUUUGGGCCCACACCCUCUGUACCAAAUGGAGAAAAACACAGACGGGAACUUUGAACCUCAACCUGUAGAAACCUCGAACGUGUCCGUGCCGGAGAGACUGGAGUUUGUGGUGAACAAGUACGCCGAGCACACCCAUGAGAAGUGGUCGCUGGAUAAGUUUGCCAAUGGCUGGGUUCAUGGGGAGCAGCUAUGUGAGAACAGCAAAGUUCAUCCCCUCCUCAAGCCCUACAGGGCUUUGGCUGAAAAGGACAAAGAAGCAUAUCGCUGGGCCAUUAAGGAGACGAUAAAAAGUAUGCUGGCCUUCGGAUGGACCAUAGAGCGCUCCAGGGAAGGAGACGCGUUCGGCUUGCACGCUUGCAUGAGAAGAAUCUCGCAGUCCGGUCAGUUGUCUUUUGAAGGGGCGUCGACCUUUAGCCCUAAACCCUUUGACACCGGCAGCAUUACCUUAUCAUGGGAUCAGUGUGCUAUGGCUGAAAAGUUGGCCGAGAACUACCACAAUUCCUGGGCUAAGAGGAAGAAACUUGAACAAGAGAGUAAAGGGGCACGUGGGCAUGCUGUGUUCGUGCCUUUUGACAACCUGACUGCGAAGGAAAAGAGCAAAUUCCGGCAUAGGGCCCAGGAUGUGCUCAAGUUCCUUCACCUCAACGGCUACACGGUGUGGAGGGAUCGCAAGAAUGCGGAUCUGGAGUUUCCAGCCACAGCCCAGUGUUUCGGCCACACUUUACUCCAGCGUUUGCUGUCUUACACAGAGGAAGCUCAGGAGCACAUGUCGGAACUUGAGGUGACGCAAGCCAGAGGACAGACCUCUAAAGGCGAGAGAGCGUCACGCCAGCACCCUGUUCAUUUCUUCCUCAAGGUUGUAAUUCCACUUUUGGAAGAAUACGUGAGAGGCCACCGGCUGUAUUUCUUGUCUGUGUCGCGCUCCUCGGACUUGAACAGAAGCCAUGCCUCCAAAAGGGAAAAAGAAAUGAUUGCAAGCCUCUUUUGUAAGCUUGCAGGCCUAGUCAGAUGCAGGCUCUUUCUUUUUGGAAAUGAAACUUCAGCGGUCACAAGCUGCCUCUGUGUUUUGACCCGGGCGCUGGAUGCCAGGAUGUUGGCAAAGUCGGCGCCAGAGAGCAUCCAGGACUCUCUGCAUUCGUUCUUUGAAGCGGCCGCGUCAGACCUAGAGACGACCGUGGAAAACCUCUCGGCGACCUCCGUCUCGUUGCCUCAGUGUCGCAGUCAACAGGCGAAAGGCCUUGGCAAGGUGUUCAGCUACACAACCUCCGUGCUCUUCCCAAUGCUGACGUCCCUCUUCCAGCAUCUUGGCAGCCAGAACUAUGGUGUUGACCUUCUAGUGGGAAGAGUGCAGGCGUCCUGUUACAGGAUCGUUAACAGCCUCUACUCGCUUGGCACCAGCAGCGGCGUCUACAUGGAGGGGCAGAGGUCAGCGGCAGGUGCUUGUCUGGCAGCGCUGACUGCUGCUUUUCCUGUUUGCUUCCUGGAGCCAUCCAUCAAUCGAAACAACCCUCACUCCAUCUACAACACAACGAGUACAACUGAAAGAGAAGACCUGGGCUUGCCAGUCGAUGCGGAAGAAAUAUGCCCCUUUCUGCCAUCUCUGGAGCAAGCGAUGGGGGAAGCGCAGCAGUUGACGGACGCCGGCGCCGCCGCUGGACAGGCCCAAUAUGUCCACGUCACGGACGUCACGUUGCCAAUGCUGUGCGCUUAUGUGUCCCGCUGGUGGCGAGACAGCCCGGUCCUCACGUCGGUAACUCCGCAGCACGCUAGCGAUCUGCUUGGGCACAUUCUCCGCAUCAUCCACAACCACGUGGGUGCGAGCCAGGGUGACUGGAUGAAGCAGCUGGCAGUCCAUUCGCAGCCGCUCAUCUCCAAAGCCCGCGUUGAGCUGCUGAAGAGCCACUUCCUUCCCCUGAUGGACAAGUUGAGGAAGAGGGCAGAAAGUGUGUUGCUGGAGGAGGAGCGAAUGAAAAUAGGAGGCUGCGCUACAUCGGAAGCAGAAUUGCAGAUGCAGGAGAAGUUCAGUGUUCUCGUGCGAGACCUCUACGCAUUCUAUCCUCUCCUCAUCCCCUUUGUGGACUCCAAUCGGGCCCGUUGGCAACAAGAGCCAAACCCUGAUGCUGAGCAGCUUUUCAGCAUGGUGGCAGAGGUCUUUAUUUUCUGGGCCAAAUCUCACAAUUUCAAGUGGGAGGAACAGAACUACGUGGUCCAAAACGAAAUCAACAAUUUGGCAUUCCUGGUCAACGACAACACAUCAAAGCUUGACUGCGAGAAAAGGCGGACGAAGAGGAAGGGCGACCGUUAUUCCGUACACACUUCCCUCAUUGUGGCUUCCGUGAAGCGACUUCUCCCGGUGGGACAGAGGGUUUGUUUUUCCAGCAACGAGACUCUCAUCAUGUCUGCAAAGAGCGCCUUCGCUCAGAAGAACACUGAAGAUGAGAUUCGUGACCGUGUGUUUAAACACCUUUUACGUUCUCAUGCUCAGAAGUCAUCAACAUGCUUGCACCGAGACGGCUUUAAUUCAUUCUCCGCCACUGACGUGGAGACAACUGUGGACAAGAUUGUGGCACUCGCUCGAGUCCUCCAUUACCUUGAUCAGGUGGAACAUCCGCACAAGCAUAAAAGAGCAACAUGGCACCAAGUCUUGUCCAAGCAGAGGAAGCAAGCGGUGGUGGCCUGUCUGAGAAUGGCUCCCCUGUACAAUCUUCCCAGGCACAGAGCCGUCAACCUGUUCCUCCAAGGCUACAAUAAAUCCUGGAUAUUAGCUGAGGAGCACACUUUUGAGGAGAAGCUCGUGGAGGAUUUAGCUAAACUCCACAUGACGGAGUUGACAGGAGGAAGACGAGAGGAGAAAAGAGAUGGCGGCAAACUUAUGGAUCCCCUCCUACAGCUCAUCACGCUCUUCAGUUGCAGUGCCUUGACAGAAAGGAGUGAUCUUGAAAUCGACUGGCUCUAUGUUUCCUACGUGGAGAUAAUGGCCAAGAGCUGCCAUCGGGAAGAUGACGACGAGGAGCGACAGGAGCUGCAAAGUUUUGAAGAGAAAGAGAUGGACAAGCAAAAGCUGCUGUACCAGCAGGCCAGGUUGCAUCUUCGUGGAGUUUCCGAGAUGGUCUUGCAAAGUAUUAGUGCCAGCAAAGGGACCAUGGGCUCCAUGAUUGCUCCAACACUCAAGCUGGGUAUUGCCAUUCUCAGCGGAGGAAACGCCGCCGUUCAGCAGAAAAUGCUGGAUUAUCUGAGAGCGAAACGAGACGUCGGCUUCUUCCAGAGCAUGGCCGGACUCAUGCGGUCAUGCAGUGUGCUGGAUCUGAACGCAUUUGAGCGACAGAACAAAGCUGAAGGAUUAGGCAUGGCCACGGAUGAGCGCUCAGAGAAGGUGAUGCCUGAUGAAGAGCUAACCUGCGACCUGUUCCGUUUUCUGCAGCUGCUUUGUGAAGGACACAACUCUGAUUUCCAGAAUUACUUGAGAACACAGACGGGCAACAAUACGACCGUCAACAUGAUCAUUUCCACUGUGGAUUACCUACUAAGAAUACAGGAGUCCAUCAGUGACUUCUACUGGUACUACUCUGGAAAGAAUGCGAUUGAUGCGCAAGGCCGCUGCAAUUUUUCCAAGGCGAUCAAAGUGGCCAAGCAGGUCUUCAAUACGCUCACCGAAUACAUACAGGGGCCGUGUAACGGAAACCAGCAAAGCCUCGCUCACAGUCGUCUAUGGGAUGCCGUGGUUGGAUUCCUCCAUGUCUUUGCUCAUAUGCAGAUGAAGCUCUCUCGGGAUUCACGGCAAAUAGAGCUCCUAAAAGAGCUCAUGGACUUACAAAAGGACAUGGUUGUCUUCUUGCUGUCCAUGUUAGAAGGUAACAUUGUAAACGGAACCAUCGGAAAGCAGAUGGUGGAUAUGUUGGUGGAAUCGGCGAGCAACGUGGAGAUGAUCCUCAAGUUUUUCGACACGUUCCUCAAACUGAAAGACCUCACCGCUUCGGACGUUUUUCACCAGUUCGACCCCGAUCGCAAGGGCUGCGUCUCCAGGAAGGACUUCCAGAAGGCCAUGGAGCUCUCCAAGCAGUUUUCACAAGUUGAAACUCUUUUCCUCCUCUCCUGCGUUGAAUCGGACAAUCGGGAAAUCUUGGAUUACGAGGCUUUCGUGGAUCGCUUCCAUGAGCCGGCCAAAGACAUCGGCUUCAGCAUCGCCGUGCUGCUCACCAAUUUGUCCGAGCACAUGCCCAACGACUUACGGCUGAGUGCCUUCUUGGAACUCGCCCAGUGCGUCCUGACUUACUUCCAACCCUAUUUAGGCCGCAUCGAGAUCCUCGGCGGCGGCAAGCGCAUGGAACGCGUCUACUUUGAGAUCAGCCAAUCUAGCCGCACGCAGUGGGAGAAGCCGCAGGUGAAGGAGUCGAAGCGGCAGUUCAUUUUCGACGUGGUGAACGAAGGCGGCGAGAAGGAGAAAAUGGAGAUGUUUGUCAACUUCUGCGAAGACACAAUCUUCGAGAUGCAGCUGGCGGCUCAGAUCUCGGGCUCUGAAAGCGGAGAGCGACAUGGCGGAGAAGAAGAAGAAGAGGGGAAUGAAGAUAGAGGCCUGCAUAAGAACGGAAUGUUUUUCAUGUGUUCACCGACAUCUCUCAUAUCUGUCAAAAAGCUUCGCGCUCUCACAAAAAUGACCCUGAAGGAUGUCCUCUUGUCAUCUGUUGCGCUCCUCAGAGUCCUUCUCGUUACUUUGCUCCGGUUCGUUUCUUUUGGAGUGAGUGGCACUAGCCAGGUGCUUUACGUCACUUUUGUCAAUGGCGGACUCAUCGAGGGGGCAAAAAAGAUGACCGUGUCGGACCUGCUCGGCGGUAUUCUCGACCCGACGCUUGAUGAGGUCACGGAGGUAACAAGUGGCGCGGACCGGCUAAGGCGGCGCUCGGCCGCUUUCUCCCCUCGGCGGGAGAGCAGGCAGAUAGAAGCCGUGACCUCCGCCAUGGGGACCGACGUACUUUCUGACAUAUUUGGGCUCAAAGUGAAAAGAGACGGGGGACAAUACAGCCUGGUGGCACAAGAUGUGACCAGCCAUCUCACAGAUGUGUUCAUCCGCACUGACGCUACGUUUUCUGAUGGACAUCAGGGGCUGGUAUUUGCUUCUAUGAAUUGUGUCACAUGCAAAGGUGACCACCUCAAGGCUGAUGUGGCUGAAGAGGAGAAAGCUGAGAAAGAGAUGCCUGAAUCCGAAAAAUGGGAGACGUGUGAGGCGACAAUGGCGAAGGGGGAGGAACGGAAAGCCAAGAGACUCACUAAUAAAUCAGAGGAAGCAGGAAGUCGGCAUUCCGCUUUGGGAGAAAUGAUAAGGGCUCAUCACAAGAGCUUGCUGAAUUACUUUGCCAGGACAUUUUAUAACCUGCGCUUGCUGUCGCUUUUUGUCACCUUUGCAAUCAACUUCAUCCUCCUCUUCUAUAAGGUGGUAUCUUUGCCAACGUCACCCGAAAAAGAAGCGGGCAUAUCACUUGAUUCAGCGGAUGAGGGAGAUGAGGGCGGUGUUUAUUAUGUUUUGGAAGAGAGCAGUGGUUACAUGGAGCCAUCACUUCACCUCCUGGCCAUGGCGCACACGCUCAUCUCCUUCUGUUGCAUCAUAGGUUACUACUGCCUCAAGGUACCGCUGGUGAUCUUCAAACGAGAGAAGGAAGUGGCCCGACGACUUGAAUUUGAUGGCCUGUACGUGGCACGCCAGCCCCCGGAGGAGGACAUUAAAGGCCAGUGGGAUCGGCUGGUCAUUAACACGGCAUCGUUUCCGGGUAACUACUGGGAUAAGUUUGUGAAACGAAAGGUGAUGGACAAGUAUGGGGGCUUUUACGGCCGCGAUAAGAUCAGUGAACUUCUCGGUCUGGACCAGGCGUCUUUAGACUUCAGCUCCGAGGGAACCGAGAGGAACAGGCUCCGAAAAGAUGCUGCCUGGGUCACUCUAUUGAACUCCAUUGACGUCAAGUACCAGGUCUGGAAACUCGGAGUUGUUCUCACUGACAAUUCCUUCCUCUAUUUGGCCUGCUACAUGGCCAUGUCAGUUUUGGGCCACUAUAACAACUUUUUCUUCGCGGCGCAUCUUUUGGACAUCGCCAUGGGCAUUAAGACUCUUCGCACCAUCCUCUCUUCUGUCACACACAAUGGAAAACAGUUGGUCCUGACUCUGGGUCUCCUGGCUGUGGUGGUCUAUCUGUACACGGUGGUGGCCUUCAACUUCUUCCGCAAAUUUUAUGACAAGAGCGACGACCAGGGCGCCCGAGACAUGAAGUGCAACGACAUGCUUACUUGCUACAUGUUCCACAUGUACGUGGGAGUGCGAGCGGGAGGGGGCAUCGGGGACGAGAUCGAGGACCCCGCCGGUGAUGACUCUGAGGUGGAACGUAUUGUCUUUGACAUCACAUUUUUCUUCUUCGUCGUCGUCAUCCUGCUGGCUAUCAUUCAAGGCUUGAUAAUUGAUGCCUUUGGGGAGCUGCGGGACCAGCAGGAGCAGGUGAAAGAGGAUAUGGAGACAAAGUGUUUUAUUUGUGGAAUAGGGAACGAGUACUUUGAUAAAGUUCCUCACGGUUUUGAGACCCACACUCUGCAGGAGCACAACUUGGCCAACUAUCUGUUUUUCUUGAUGUACCUCAUUAACAAAGACGAAACUGAACACACAGGACAGGAAUCCUAUGUGUGGAAAAUGUACCAGGAACGUUGCUGGGAAUUCUUUCCCGUGGGAGACUGUUUCCGUAAGCAAUAUGAAGAUCAGCUGGGAUGAAAGGAAUCCGUUCCUCGAUAAUGUCAUCACAUACUUUAGAAAGCCAUCUGCGUUGUUGCUGCGUGGAUUAACUGGAACUCGUGUGCCACACGAUCCAUUUUGGACUUUGAUGUCAUUUUCCCCCUCACACAUUAGAUGUAUUUGUGCACCCCAAAAAAAUUCAGUGCAAUCCUGUAUCAUUGGAGAAAUAAAAGGGAAAUUAGCAUUUUGGAGGGGGUGGGGUCGGGGGGAACCUUUCAUCAAAACAGCUGUCAAAACAAAGUUACAAAGACCUGCAAACCAAAUUAAAGCUCGCAGCCACGUGCGCUCAUGUUUUGUGACUGAAGUCAUUUGUCUUGCUAAUCGCAGCCUCCCAACCCUUCUCCCAGCGCGACACGCAGAUAAACACUCUCCCUGUGGCAUUUGUUCCCCAGCAUACUUUUGAAGGAUACUUCUUGCUUGUCAUGACCCCUCAUCUUCGUGUUUUGCCGCCUCAUUAUAAACAAUCGUGUAGCGCGCUGACAGCUCCGGUCGCAAUGCGUCCAUGGAAAUAGACUUUCGGAGCUUUAAAUAUGAUUGAACGUGAACUAUUUAAUAGCUUGUUUACAAAUAGUUUGCUUUGUCCAGCCAUCAAGAGAGACUUUGUGCACUCUUAUAACGGAGUCGAAUUUAUAUCAUAGCCACCCUUGCAACCCAGUUUCUCCUUCCACGAUUGAAAGCGGCUAGGCCAGGUGAAGAUCCAAGGCCACUUUGAUGCGACGGUCUGACUUUUUGAAACCCCGUUGUGCCGACGCACCCGCAUUCCC